AUGGUGAGAGAUGCAGAUGAUCGAUUUGUGGAUAGGCCAGAAGAAUUUGUAAAGUUCUUAGGAGAUGCAGAGAAACCAAUUUUUCCAGGGUCACCUAUGUCAAAGUUGGUUGUUUUGGUAAAAUUAUACAAUUUAAAAGCUGGUAGUGGUUGGAGUGACAUAAGUUUCACAAAGUUGCUUGAUUUGGUGAAGGAGAUUUUACCAAAAGACAAUGAGAUGCCUUCUUCCCUCUAUGAGGCGAAAAAAACUCUGUGCACUUUAGGAAUGGAUUAUAAAAAGAUACAUGCCUGUCCUAAUGAUUGUGUUUUAUACCGCAACAAUUUAGAAAAUGCAACCGAGUGCCCUACGUGCAAGACAUCGAGAUGGAAGAGAGGUAAAGAAGGUAAGAAAAGGAUUCCCGCUAAAGUAUUAUGGUAUUUGCCACCGAUACCAAGAUUUAUACGUUUGUUUCGGAAUCUAGAACAUGCUAAAAGUUUAAGAUGGCAUGAGGAUGGAAGGAUCAAAGAUGAUAAACUACGACAUCCAGCAUAUUCAUUAGCUUGGGAAACUAUCGAUGAGAAAUGGCCUGUAAUAAAAAAGGAUCCUAGGAAUCUUCGGCUUGGUCUUUUAGUUGAUGGCAUCAAUCCAUUUAGCAGAAGUAAACAACCUGGAAAUGAUGUAGACGUCUAUUUGGCACCGUUGAUAGAUGAUUUAAAGUUGUUGUGGGAUGGAGUGGAUUGUUAUGAUUCUUUUAGUAAAGAAAGUUUUAUACUGAGAGGGUUACUUUUAUGGACAAUUAAUGAUUUUCCAGCUUAUGGAAACUUGUCGGGGUGUUAUGUUAAGGGUUAUAAAGGAUGUCCAAUAUGUGGGGAACAAACAAGUGCAACAAGAUUGAAGUUUUGUAAAAAGACUUGUACAUGGGGCAUAGAAGCCUUUAAUGGUAAGCAAGAACUACGAGGACCUCCACCAAUAAUGACUGGUGCAGAGAUUUAUGAAGAGAUUCGUUUGAUAAAUAAUAGAUUCGGAAAACCAGUCAUAAAUACUGAAGAAUGUGAAGACAUUGAAAGUAGGGUCAAAUCAAAGGGUAAAAGUAAGAUGAUCAGACACAAUCUUGAUGUCAUGCAUAUUGAGAAAAACAUAUGUGAUAGUUUGAUAGGAACUUUACUCAAUAUUCCUAGAAAAACUAAAGAUAGUAUAUCUGCUCGUCGUGAUCCCGUUCUAAUGUCUGAAUCGAAAAAAGAGCUGGCUCCUAAAGUAGAAGAGAAUCGAACAUAUUUACCUCCAGCAUGUUACACAUUAAAAAAAGAUGAGAAACACCAAUUUUGUGAAACAUUGGCAAAGAUUAAGGUGCCAGAUGGUUUUUCAUCAAAUAUUCGAAAUUUGGUUUCCUUGAAAGAUUGUAGACUACAGGGUCUAAAGUCUCAUGACUGUCAUGUGUUAAUGCAACAAAUGCUUCCAAUAGCUAUUCAAGGCUUAUUAGAAAACCCCGUGAGAAAUGCUAUAACCAGAAUGUGUUUCUUCUUUAAUGCCCUUUGCUCUAAAGUUAUUGACGUAUCAAAGUUGGAGGUUAUUCAGUUGGAAAUUGUGAAGACUUUGUGCUUUUUCGAACAAUAUUUUCCUCCAUCUUUCUUUGAUAUAAUGGUUCAUUUGGCAGUUCAUCUAGUUAGAGAAGUUACCUUGUGUGGGCCGGUUUGUUUUCGAUGGAUGUACCCUUUCGAGAGGUUGAUGAAAGUUUACAAGGGUUAUGUGCGAAAUCGAAGUCGUCCAGAGGGUUGUAUAGUUGAAUCUUAUAUAGCUGAAGAAGUAGUUGAAUUCUGUUCUGAGUAUAUGGUCAAUGUUGACUCAAUUGGAAUUCCAAUAAGGGCAAGAGAGGGAGUUGUAUAA